GACUGUCUGAAUUCCUUACAUACACCAUGGCACUGCCCACGUUGGUUAUACUGCCUGUUACCUGGGUCCUGCUGGCUCUUUCUACUGCGCAAAACACCUGCCCAGAGGUGAAAUUUACUGGCUUAAGUGGAACAGAAAAAGUUACUAUUAUUCAAGGAUGUCCUGGUGUUCCAGGAACUGCCGGACCCAAAGGAGAAUUAGGGCCCCAAGGGCCAAGAGGUGAGAAAGGUCUUCCGGGCAUUAUUGGUAAAAUGGGCCCUCCCGGGUCAAAAGGAGAAAGUUCUUCAUCCGGAUCUCGAGGUUUUCCAGGACCUGCUGGUGUUCCUGGGCUCCAAGGACCAAAAGGUGAAAAAGGCUCUCCAGGUACCACAAGUACACAAGGAUCAAAAGGAGUUAAAAACUGCAAAGAACUUCUGGAACAAGGGAAUACUUUGAAUGGCUGGUACUUAAUUCAACCCAAUGACCGCAAGUCACUGAUGGUGAAGUGUGACAUGGAGACUGAUGGCGGCGGAUGGAUAGUAUUCCAGCGGCGCCAGGACGGCUCCGUGGACUUUUAUCAGGACUGGAAAACCUACAAAAAGGGCUUUGGAAACCAAAACAGUGAGUUUUGGUUGGGAAGUGAUAAUCUUAAUGCCCUAACAUCAACAGGCUCGCAUCAGUUACGUGUCGACUUUGUAGACUUUGAGAACGCCAAGACAUUUGCAGUGUACAAAGAUUUUAGAAUUUCCUCUGAAAUAGAGAACUACAAGCUGACAGUUGGGGAAUAUACUGCGGGCAAUGCAGGUGAUUCUCUCGUUUACCAUAAUAACCGACCAUUCACCACCAAAGACAAAGACAAUGAUGGAGACCCGAAUAAUUGUGCACAGAUUUUUAAAGGUGGUUGGUGGUAUGGGAAUUGUCAUCACUCCAAUUUAAAUGGCCUCUACAAUGGAGGGGCACACAGUAGUUAUGCAGAUGGUGUCAACUGGAAGACAGGCAAAGGCCUGAACUACUCCUACAAAGUUGUUGAAAUGAAGUUCAGGCCAAAGUAAUCUACUGAAGAUAGAAUCAAAGCUAUAUUAGACUCAUUUGUAUCAAGCACUUCAAGGACUUUGGAUGACAGAGAAAGGAGAUCGAAUAUCCUGCAAGCUUGGUUAUUAUUGAGUAUUUCUUUAAAUCCCAAAAUUAUUUUCUUUAAGAAAUACAAAUUAUCUGCGUACAGUCAGUACAGCUCCACAAAAUAUCUGUGCUAUACAUGCAAAUUAAAAUGAAAGCGUUUAAUAUGUGAUGGGAUGGAAAAUGUUAAUAUGGGAAAUGAAAACAAAAGAGUGAAUAAAUAACAAUACAGUAUAUCUAGAAAUAAAGUA